CUUCAUCUGAACCAGCUUCUGUACUUUUCACCUGAAGUCAAAAACACAGAACAACCUGCAGCCCAGCUCUCCGUGCAGCAGGUGUCGUUCUCCUCUGCGGCCACAGGUGUCGCCGGUGCGCCCGGUGCAGCAGCAGCAGCAGCAGCAGCCAUCAGCCAGAUGAACCGCAGCAGGAGGAUCCAGUCCACUCCACACUCUCCAUAUUGAAAGGGGAGCAACUUCUCCUCCAGCCGACUCCCACCGUCCGCCGCAAGCCCGCCCGCUGCUCCCCAGCGAGCCCAGCUGUCUCACCCAGCCCCGUGCUAUGACGCCGGACCUGGGGAGGAAGCAGAGGAACAACAGUACGAGCGCCACGCUGGUCGACACACAGUGAGACGGGCUGCUCCAACAAAGGCAUCUGGAUGCUGUGUCUCCUGCGGCUCAGGUGAAAGGAAGCAAAUCUUCUGUGGUUCAUUCCACUCCACGGUCCGGUGGUAGGGAACAAGUGCUGCAGAUCACUGAUAACCACACAUGUUUACCCAGAGGACGAGCAGGCUGUCAGGAUGAAGGAGGAGAAUUUGUUCCAUCGGAGGUUUUCUCUGUGCCCCAAUGCCACCUCCCCACCCAAAAUCGACCCCAGCACCCUCACGCGGAACCUGUCUUAUGGAGAAGACAACGACCUCUACAACCUCAGCCCAGGCAGUGAGACAGACAGGGACGGUCUCUCCAUGCUGAGUAAUGAACUUAGUCCUGCCCAAUCACCUGGCAGCAAGUCUGAGUCCAGGAUGUUUAAUGGUGUUGAGAAGGACUGCCCCUCCCCAACAGAGAAGCUGGCCCGGAAGGAGUCUCUCAAGGUACAAAAGCAGAAUUACAGGCAAGAAAAGAAACGGGCAGCUAAAGAACUGUUCAGUGCACUAAAAGAUCCCAGUGUCGUCAUCAUGUCCAACUGGCUAAAGAUCCGUGGCUCUUUAAAGAGUUGGACCAAGCUGUGGUGUGCUCUGAAGCCCGGAGUUCUUUUGAUAUAUAAGACACCCAAAACGGACCACUGGGUGGGCACCAUCCUGCUCAGCGCAUGCAAACUGAUUGAAAGACCCUCCAAGAAGGACGGUUUCUGCUUCAAGCUCUACCACCCACUGGAGAAAUCCAUCUGGGCUGUCAAGGGUCCCAAAGGAGAGAACGUUGGCUCCAUCACGCAGCCGCUACCCAGCAACUACCUGAUCUUCAGAGCAGCAUCUGAGUCCGAUGGCCGGUGCUGGAUGGAUGCCUUGGAGCUAGCUCUCAGCUGCUCCAGCCUCUAUAAGCUGACAGCCAAAGCAGGGAGAGAAGCAGAUAUCAGCACGUCUUCAGAGUCCUCGCAUAUACUCCACCUGCUGCAGUCUACCGCACUCAGUGAUACAGAGCUGCUACAGUUAAAUGACACCCUGCUGCUGGGCAACCACCACAUGGAGCAUGACGGCUUUUCAGACAAGUCCGAGCGCGAGGCUCACGAUGACUGGGACACGACAGCCAAUGAGAACGGUGGAAGGCUGACCGAGGAGAGCGACAUGGACCAAUCAGACGAGCUGUCCCCCGGGCCACAAGCCACAGCCUAUGUAGAGCAAAGCACAGAGGAGAUGGCUGAGGCUGGGGAGGCGUCCCAGGUGGAGACGGUGUCAGAGGAGAACAAGGGUCUGAUCUGGGGCCUGCUGAAGCAGCUGCGGCCGGGCAUGGACCUGUCGAAGGUGGUGCUGCCCACCUUCAUCCUGGAGCCGCGCUCUUUCCUGGACAAGCUGUCAGACUACUACUACCACGCUGAUCUGCUCUCACAAGCUGCGCUGGAGGAGAGCGCAUAUGGUCGGAUCAAGCAGGUGCUCAGAUGGUACCUGUCUGGCUUCUACAAGAAGCCCAAGGGUCUAAAGAAGCCUUACAACCCAAUCCUGGGGGAAAGAUUUCGCUGCUGCUGGCUCCAUCCUCAAACCGACAGCUGCACUUUCUACAUAGCUGAACAGGUGUCCCACCAUCCGCCCAUCUCUGCCUUUUAUAUCUGCAACAGGAAGGAUGGGUUUUCUAUCAGCGGGAGCAUCCUGGCCAAGUCCAAGUUCUAUGGUAACUCUCUGUCAGCUAUUCUGGAUGGCAAAGCCAGGCUGCUGUUCUUGAGCAGGGACGAGGAGUACGUCAUCACCAUGCCCUACGCUCACUGCAAAGGUAUCCUGUAUGGCACCAUGACACUAGAGCUGGGAGGGAAGGUCACCAUCGAGUGUGAGAAAACCAAAUGUUUGACAGAGCUGGAGUUCAAACUAAAGCCUUUCCUCGGAGGUGCUUGUUCUGUGAAUCAAAUCAGCGGGAAGAUCUCAGUAGGAGACGAGCUGCUGGCCACUGUUGAUGGACACUGGGACAGUGAGGUGUUCAUUCACGAGAAGCGCUCAGGACUACAGGAGACGUUGUGGAACCCGAGCCAGGAGAUCCGCAGCAGCCGCCUCAAGAGACAAGUGGUACAAAUAGACCAGCAGGGAGAGUUUGAGUCUGAAAGACUGUGGCAGCAUGUGACCAGCGCCAUCAUGGACCGGGACCAGGUGCGGGCCACCCAGGAGAAGUUUGUUCUGGAGGAGGCUCAGCGGAGAGAGGCCAGGGAGAGGGGGGACAAACCCUGGAUCCCACGACUUUUCCAUCAGGACCCCGUCACCUCUGAGUGGAGCUACAGGCACAUGGAUGUGCAGCCAUGGGACCCUGAGCGCUGUCUGGUUCAGUUUGAGAAGGACGGCGUGAUUCAGACGCACGAGAAAAGCCAGAGGCAGCACAACGGGCUCUCCUACAGCCACAGCUGGGCCAGCCAACAGAAGGCUGAGGUCAACGGGAAACGCAGGAAGGCCAGCAGCCAGCCGUCCAGCUGCAGCCAGAACACAGAGAGCAGCAGCACCACCCCAGAGCCCACGCAUGAGUCAUCUGACAAUGAAGGAUUUUCAAACCAGUGUGCACGGUGCAAUAAAGAGGUGAAGGACAUCGCACUGAUAGAGGCCUCCAUCACGUCUAUACAGAAGACACAGCAGGACAUCCAGAGGAACCUGGUGGCUCUGAGCCGUCAGCUGGCUCGUCAGAGGGCGACAGACGACGGCGUGUCGUUAACAGGUCGUCACUGUCUCAUCCUCUGCGUCCUGCUUCUCUCACAGCUCCUCCUCAACUACGUCUUCACCUGAGCCCUGCUCCUCUCAGCAGGGGGGAGGGAGGAGUUUCCCUCCGGCACUGAUCUGACAUUCGAUCCCACUGAAAAAAAGCACAGACUCUAAUCAGCAGAUGAGGGCGGAGACCUCAGAUCAGUGCUAACGAGGGCAACUUUGCCCCUUUGUUUGUUUCCUCUAAGAAGGGAGGAGCACGGACAUUAUAGCAAUAAACACAGCCACAGCCACCGCCUGUCAGUCAUCUGCAGAGAGGAACGGCACCCCCUAGUGUAGCCAGACUGAAACAGCACCGGCACCCACGCACUUUGGACAGGAAAGGAGGGAUGAUGAGAGACGAGCACGGCUAAAAAAAAAAUAAAAAAAAGAAGUAAAGGAAAAAUGAGAUUUUGAAUAAAACAAGAAGAAAUGUAUGAUGAAGAAUGAUUUUGCAAAAAGAAAUGACAGAGAGGAUGUUUCACCAUUCCUUAGUGUCUUUUUAUAUAUCGCCCUGCAAUACUGUCUAUUCUGUUAGUGUGACUGUAUGUGUGUUGUUCGUACCUACAGUACAGUAGGCCCUAUGGGCGCAGGCAGAUCACCGCUUGGACUUCUACUCUCCUUCCACUCCAGAUUCUUGGGCCUUAACGCUGAAGCCAAAAAAAGCAGACGAUGAAGAAGAAGAAGAAGAAAAACACGACAAAUACAAACGGAGAAAGAAAUAUCUUCCAACAGUGCAAUUCUGUGUGUUUUGUAUCGAUGUGCGCUCAAAUACACUCUGUCUCAUCUUUUAAUGAUGAUGAUGAUUUUACCAAAACAGUAUUUAUAAUCCGAGGAGGACAAAGCCUACUUGUUUACAGGGAGAGCACUGUGUGUGUUUUUAAAGGAAGGAAGGAAGGAGGGAUAAUGGGGACGAGGCAGGGCAGAGAGCCAAAACAGAGUGUCUUUGUAUUUGUGUGCCUGUAGUGCUGUAACAGAAGGGAUAAUAGCAUAGCACUGCUCUGGUCUAGACCAUGACACUAGUGUGUACAAUCAGUUACAUAGAGAAGCAGCGUGUGGAGGAAGGGCCAGAAGGAGCGAGUGGGAAGGAAAAAACAAGAAAAUACUUAAAUAACUUUGGCCUAAUAGAACGAGUCUGUGCGUGCAUCUCGGUCCACACCAUGUUCAAGUGACUGUUUUAAGAUGUAAACACUUAGUAAUAAGUUGGUUUUUUUGUUUUGUUUUGUUUUUCUCUUCGUUUUAAUCAAUUUGUAUAUAUUUGUCUGUUGUUUCACAAAGAGAUUUCAGAAUGUAUUUAUUGGGUGAUUAACCUUGACUUUCCUAAUCUAAUUCAGCUUGGAGGACGGAGACCAGGGGUGACAAUCGCUCUCCCAGGGUUGUGUGGGUUCGUCAUAUUUGUGUACAUGUGUAUAUGUGUGAGUGUGUGUGUGUGUCAGUGUGAGGGAGCACAUGUGUGCGAGUAAGCCAUUCUGGUCGUGCUACACAACAAAGCCGGGUCUGUGAUCUCGGCGUUUACCGGUUUUUAACCCCCCUUGCACUUCGGUCUCCAUUGUCAGUACUGAAUCUACCCAAUGGGAGAGACUCGGGGAGCACAAAGAAGGAAGUCGACUCUUUGAAUGCUUUUUAUUUACACCUUAAUCUGUUCAUGUAUUUUGUUUUUGUUUUGUUUUCAUUGUUUUCCUUUUUUCUACUCUACUGCCAUGUUGUGGGGAUUCUACAUGCCAGAUACUUUUGUCAUAUGGAACGAAACUACAGAAAACAUGAUGUUGCCCGAUGUUUUCAUUCAUACCUGUUGCGUACUGUAGCACUACAGUAAAAAAACAUUUUAACCCUGA